AUGGCAGACUUGAGAACUAUGAUUCUGAAUCAUGCCCUGUUUGAUACUUCGGCCAAACCAAAAGGAAGGUGUGUGGAAAGUUGCCAGCCUGGAUUCUUCAAGGUAUCUCAGGAAGGAAUGUUGCUCUGCUGCUAUGACUGUGUUCCCUGUGCGGAAGGAACCAUUGCCACUCAGGAAGAUGCAGAGCAUUGCGCCAGGUGUCCAGAAGAUCAGCAUCCAAACAAGGACAGAGAUCAAUGUUUCUACAAGAUCAUCACCUUCCUGGCUUAUACAGAACCUUUGGGGAUCUUCCUAGCUUCCUUUGCCCUAUUCUUAUCCUUAACCACAUGUGUUGUGCUAGGAAUAUUCCUUAUAUUCCAAGAAACUCCCAUAGUCAAAGCCAACAACAGGAACCUCUCCUAUAUCCUCCUCAUCUCCCUCUUGAUUUCUUUUUUGUCCUCCUUCCUCUUCAUUGGAAAGCCAAGGAAAGUGACCUGCCUUCUCCGACAAGUGGCCUUCAGCAUCAUCUUUUCAGUUGCCGUCUCGUCUGUGUUGGCAAAAACCAUCACUGUGGUGCUGGCCUUCCUGGCCACAAAGCCAGGAAACACGAUGAGGAGAUGGCUAGGGAAGAGUCUGGCCAACUCCAUUGUCAUUUCCUGUUCCAGUGUCCAAGUUGUCAUCUGCAUCAUCUGGCUGGGAAUCUCUCCACCCUUCCCAGAGUCUGACAUGCAUUCCCAGCCUAGGGAGAUCAUUCUGCAAUGUAAUGAAGGGUCUGUUGCCAUGUUUUACGGCUCCCUUAGCUACAUGGGCUUCCUGGCCUCCAUCUGCUUCACGGUGGCUUUUCUGGCCAGGAAGCUGCCUGGGGCCUUCAAUGAAGCCAAGCUGAUCACCUUCAGCAUGCUGGUCUUCUGCAGCGUUUGGGUCUCGUUUGUACCCACCUACCUGAGCACAAAGGGGAAGUACAUGGUAGCUGUACAGGUCUUCUCCAUCUUGGCCUCCAGUGCUGGGCUUUUGGGCUGCAUCUUCAUUCCCAAGUGCUACAUUAUUGUACUGAGGCCUGAUCUGAACACAAAAGAGCAUCUGACAACAAAAGCUGACUCCUAAAUUACUACAUAUUACUAAAUUUCCAGUACAACAAUGAUGAGAAAGACAUACUUCCUGGCAAAUGUAGCUUCUUGGAUUUAAAGGCAUGUUUGUGGCUCCUUUUCUGAUGGUUACUUUUCAAACCUUAAAGAAUGUUUACAUUUUGUUUUUAAUUGUGCUAUUUUAACUUGGAAAGUUGAGUGACUUCCUCUUAAAAUUUUGAGAUAUGGCUUGUUCUUCAUUGUAGAUAGAAUUAAUAUCUGUAUUUUCCUUCACAAACAUUAUGUUUAAAAUACUGAGAAAAUUGUACCCUAAUACAGU